GUCGCCGCUGCUCCUCCUCUCCCAGUCUUGGGUUUCCCAGGCACUGCUGCCGCCGCUACCUCUGCGGUCUGUAUGAGGAGGAGGAGGAUGUGAAGAUGGCGGAGCUGCAGAUGCUGCUGGAGGAGGAAAUCCCGGGGGGCCGCCGGGCCCUCUUCGACAGUUACACGAAUCUGGAACGGGUGGCAGAUUACUGCGAGAACAACUACAUCCAGUCAGCAGAUAAGCAGCGAGCUCUAGAAGAAACCAAAGCCUACACCACCCAGUCCUUAGCAAGUGUUGCGUAUCUGAUAAAUACCUUGGCCAACAAUGUCCUGCAGAUGCUGGAUAUCCAAGCAUCCCAGCUACGAAGGAUGGAAUCUUCAAUCAAUCAUAUUUCACAAACCGUUGAUAUUCAUAAAGAGAAAGUUGCAAGAAGAGAGAUUGGUAUUUUGACUACCAAUAAAAACACUUCAAGGACACAUAAGAUUAUUGCUCCAGCCAAUCUUGAACGACCAGUUCGUUAUAUUAGAAAACCUAUUGACUAUACAAUUCUAGAUGAUAUUGGACAUGGAGUAAAGGUGAGUACCCAGAAUAUGAAGAUGGGUGGGCUGCCGCGUACAACACCUCCAACUCAGAAACCCCCCAGUCCCCCUAUGUCAGGGAAAGGGACACUUGGGCGGCACUCCCCCUAUCGCACACUGGAGCCAGUGCGUCCUCCAGUGGUACCAAAUGAUUACGUACCUAGCCCAACCCGUAAUAUGGCUCCCUCGCAGCAGAGCCCUGUGAGGACAGCUUCUGUGAAUCAAAGAAAUCGAACUUACAGCAGCAGCGGGAGUAGUGGAGGGAGCCACCCGAGUAGUCGGAGCAGCAGUCGGGAGAACAGUGGCAGUGGGAGCGUGGGGGUUCCUAUUGCUGUCCCGACUCCCUCUCCUCCCAGUGUCUUUCCAGGUCAUCCUGUUCAGUUCUACAGCAUGAAUAGACCUGCCUCUCGCCAUACUCCCCCAACAAUAGGGGGCUCGUUGCCCUAUAGACGCCCUCCUUCCAUAACUUCACAAACAAGCCUUCAGAAUCAGAUGAAUGGAGGACCUUUUUAUAGCCAGAAUCCAGUAUCUCUUGCUCCUCCUCCUCCCUCCAUCCUACAGGUAACUCCUCAGUUACCUUUAAUGGGAUUUGUGGCCCGAGUCCAAGAAAAUAUUUCAGAUACACCACCUCCACCACCACCUGUGGAAGAACCAGUCUUUGAUGAAUCCCCCCCUCCACCUCCUCCUCCAGAAGAUUAUGAAGAAGAAGAAGCAGCUGUGGUCGAGUAUAGUGAUCCUUAUGCUGAAGAAGACCCACCGUGGGCUCCAAGGUCUUACUUGGAAAAGGUUGUGGCAAUUUAUGAUUAUACAAAAGACAAGGAAGAUGAGCUGUCCUUUCAGGAAGGAGCCAUUAUUUAUGUCAUCAAGAAGAAUGAUGAUGCAGGUACCUUUCUGCAUUAAGAACUGUUCCUUUAUUUUUAUUACCUUUUCUCCUUGGUGGAGAGAGCAUGACAUGUUCUGAAGGCCACCUUGCCCUCUGAAAAGGGUUUGAUGGAGGAAUUGGCAGGUGACUGCCAAGUCUUCAAAAAGAAGGGAUCUGAAUCACUUCCCAUCUGUUCACUUCUGAACGUCUUUGGCCAGGAACUCCUGACUGGUGUGAAGGUGAUGAUUUCCCUCACAUGAUUUACUUAGGAUCAUAGAAUUUUAGAGCUAGAGGAUAAAAAAUUUUAGUUCAUUUUCCAUUUUAACUGAGGAGGUUAGACGUUUCGUUUCAGAUAACAGCUAGUUAACAGUGGUAGAGUUCCUGACUCAACGCCUGGUACUCUUUCCACAGCUGUCUUAAUUGAAUGUGCUAUGUUUCUUUAAGAACUGAGUUCUACUUGAUGUCUUCAGGAAGAUACUUGAAAAGAUAUGCUGUUUCGAUAAAUACCAUCAGUAUUCAAAUUGUUUAAAGGAGUGUACUAAGUGCAACCUUAAUUAGUGAAAAUAAUCAUUUUAACCCUCUACUACACUCAGUACUAUGUAGCAAAAAUAGGUUCUAUUAUUUCAACACUGGCAGGAGCACAGCAAAAAGCCUUAUUGAGAGAGCCUUAUAAGACAGUUCUUAAAUGGAGGCAUUGUGCUCAUAACCUGAAGUUUACUUUAUGCUGAUCUUUGUUCCUAUUUCUUAAGAAUUUCAUAAUUCUUAAAAUUGACAAUAGGGCCUAGCUAUGUAUAAAUGAUCCUUGCUAAAUAUCUUGAGGUUUUUUUGUAAAAAACACAAAAAGCUUAUUUUCACAUUAAAAUGGUAAUGUCUUUUGCAACUUCAGAAUUCUAUGGAAAAGCAGUUUUUCAUACUUUGUGUCCAUGCAUCUUUCUUCUUAAAAUGGUUUACAAAAAAGAAUGUAAACACUUGUGAUCUGGCCAGUUGUAUUUUUAAGCUCCUGCAGAGAGGGUUGGUGUUCUGAGUAGAAAUCAUGCAGGAAAACUUGAGGGAGCAGUCUGUUGCCAGUAAUGUUUUUUGUGUGUGCCAUUAAGCCACCUCCAGAUGAGUGGGGGAACAUUGACUUCUUAAUUUCAAAAAUUG